UAUCGAUAAGAGUGUGGUGGAAUUGCACAGUAUUGAACAUCUGUUUAUACCUUUCAGGAUUAAAAGAUAGUUUAUUACUUUACUUUUAUUAAAUUCGCAAUUGUGUAUUCUUAAAUAUAAUAUAUAAUCUGAAACCGGGCUUAAGAUAAAUACGGAGUGAUAGGUUACGUUCUGCUGGUUAAUAAUUAUAUAGAGUUUUGCUGCUACAUAUUUACGCUGCUAUUCACCCUAUUCUGAGAAAACUUCAAAACUGAUUUGUGAGGAAAAAUUUUAGAGGUUUAGAAAAAAGCAUAAAAAACUCACCCCAUGAGGUGAAAAGCAUUUUGCUAUGAACCAGCAGUUUUGUAAAUAAAAUAAAUGGACAACCAAGAAGAGACUUUAAAAUUUGAAAGAACAACUCGGGAGCAGCUUCAUUAUUACGCAAUGUUCUGCAAGCAGCAUCCUGAGUUGCAACGAGGAAAGCUAACUCCGACCAACCGUCAAGGACGGCAAAUGUUGUGGUCGGAGUUAGCAGAAACAUUAAAUGCCUUAAGAGGGCCAACACGCACAGCAACCAAAUGGAAGAAGACGUUAAUGCACUGGAAAAAUCAGUUGCGUUCCCGAGCGCGAAAAUUUAAAGCUCACGCAAAAAUUACUGGUGUAGACCACCCUUCACUUGCAGUAUUAAAAUUUGAGUACAUAACAACGGACGCAGUCCCUUCUCCUGCUCCAUCUCCUUCACCAGUUUCAGCUCCAGAUCCUGUUCCAGCAAAAGUUCCAUAUCGCUCCAAAACAGCCACAUCAUCUGCUCCAUCAACUUCUACUUCAAUCGUUUCUGAAGCCCACAAACCAACAAGUGUGAAAAUGCUUGGAGCAGUGUUAAAAAAAAUAGAGGCAAACAAGACACGUGAGCAGCAGGUAAUUGCUCUACAACAAAAAAUUUUAGAGCAAAACGAGCAGUUGACGGGUGUAUUGGUGCAAAUGGCACGGGAGAGACGAAAGGAGCAACAAAAGGUCGCGAAGCAAAACCAACAGAUGACGAGAGUAUUGAGCCAAAUGACGCGAACACUAAAAGCAACGACAACGGUGCUCAAUAAACUUGAAGAAAAAUUAAACAACUGAUCAUAAUAAAUUGGCGCAUGUUACAAGAGAAGAACCAUUUCAUUCUGUCUCAUCUAUGUGUUCCUAUAAUAGUUAGGAUUACAUAUUUUCAUAUGGAGUAUUCAUCA